AUGGUGGGGUGUGAAGAAAUUGUGUUAUUUGGUGGUGGGGGUGAUGAAGAAGAUAUGUUGGUUGGGGUGGGGUUGGAGUUCGGAGGAUUUGUCAAGGUGGAUCAGUUGAAGCCGCGAUCGGAGGGCUUCAAUCUAAUUGUCAAGGUCCUAAAUACUAAUGUGGUGAUUGACAAGAACCAAAACACCAGGCACCAGUCCCUACCGUCAUACAGGUAUUAUCAAGGGGAAAAGGUUGAAAUCGCUCGUGUAGCUGAGAGCCUUGUUGGAGAUGAAACCGGAACUAUCAUAUUUACUGCUCGUAAUGAACAAGUUGACUUGAUGGAGCCAGGUAGCAUCCUACUUCUUUAUGGUGCAAAAAUUCAACUGUAUCGAGGCUUCAUGAGGUUAGCUGUAGAGAAUUGGGCACAUAUCAAAAUCGUAGAACCCGUGGAAUUUGUUGUAGAUGAAGAUGAAGAUUGCAAUGUAUCUUGGGUUGGGUAUGAGAAGCUCGCUGCAUCAGCUGACUGCCGAAAAUGCUAUUAG